UAUUGACCAAACGACAAAUGACUGCCCCCUGUUGAGUCUCUAUCAUAUGUUUAAAGUAUUCAUCACGUGUGAUUUAUUACAUCCAGAAAUGAAGCUAAGAAAUCAGAACCAUAUCUGUUCCGUGCCAGCUGGUAUCAGAUAUGAUGGUGAUGUGAUAUAGCAUCUCUACGAAUUGAGAGCCUGAAAAUCAUAUGCCUUAACAAGGUUAAGGUUUAACCUUGAACAUUAUAAGGCUAUCAAUAAGUCUGUCAGGGGACGUUUUCCGUAUAAAUCUAUCAGAGAAACUUUCCCUAUAAAUCUGAGCAGCCUGGAAACGAUUUCAAGCAACAAACUGAAAUUGUAUCAUUCACAGCAAAAAUGGAGAGAUCAGAAAUUGGCAUAAGCAUUGUGCUGUUGGCCUGUCUGGUGGCUUCUGCCGCUGCCCAGAGUGCUAGUAAUGUGACAGCUUAUUGGACUAACUACUUUGCUGAGCAGCAUGACUGGAACUUGACUGCUGAACACGUUUACUGCGCCACAUGGUAUGCCGGUAUGUCUUAUGAAUGGCGCAGCAAAUAUAAUUGGACCGCCUUCUGUGGGCCGGUUGGUCCUCAAGGGGAAGGUGCUUGUGGCAAGUGCUUAAAUGUAACGAACACUGCUACUUCAGCUGUGGUAACGGUGAGAAUCGUUGAUACAUGCCGCAACGAAAGCCUAGAUUUGGAUAAACCUGCGUUUGAUCAGAUUGACACUGAUGGGCAAGGCAAUAUAAUAGGGCAUCUUCUUGUGAACUAUACAUUUGUGGACUGUGGUGACGCUACAAUUCGUCUCUAUUCCCAGUAGUCUCUUAUGAUCAGAAUUCCCCACUUUUUUAAUGAGUAAUUAAUAAAUAAAUCAGCUAGAACCAAUAUCCGAUGUGGUACUGAGAAAAGUGGUAUUCAUCAGUACUUUUCAACUUUUAAACCAAUAUCCUAUAUGUAUGCGUGUUUGAGGUAUGAAUAAAAUUUCUAAUUAAGCAUCGAGUUAAUGAAGAAAAAAAAAAUUUGGAUCACUACAAUUGCCUCAAAAUGUGGCUGUAACAAGCGAAACAAUUGAGCAUGUUUUUCACGAGUGUCUGGACAUUGGUGCGCUUGGAUUGGACAUUGGUGUCUGGACUUGAUUGGAAGGUUGUUUUCUCCUUGGCUGUUUGUCCUUACUGCCGGGACCAGA